AUGGAUCCCAUAGAUAUAGACCCAAACCUAUUCUUGGACCUACCGUGGCUCGUGGUCCGUGAAAUUCUAUCUUAUGUUCCCAAGGAAUACAUAAGUGAGGCCUUUUUGAAAGUUCCUGGGCUUCGAGAACGCUUAAUUGAAGAGUACUACAGUGAGCUACACUUCGUUCUUACGCCGUUGAAGAGACCGCAUUCAUGUUACUACGACAAGUCUGAGCUUAUUGAUAUCACUAGUUAUGGAGAGAUUUCGUCUUUCUUGGACGAGAAUCCUGACAUUGUCCCACAGACAGCGCACAUCAUGACUUCCAUGGAUUUCAUAUCGAUGCGGUCCCUCUUGACUGAGUAUAGAGAAAGGUUCCUUGAAAUUCCCACCUUACAUUUUCAUAUCGAAUCUCAUCAUUUUACAGAUGAUUGCUUUGAGUUUAUCCAGUCAUUUCCUAACCUAAAGAAACUUCAGUUAUCUGGUCCUAUAUUGGAUGAGGUUAGUGAUCUCGCUACAACGUUCGCUCAAUUGAAGUCGCUAGAGACUCUUGUUCUCUUAGGCCAUGGAAUAAAGGACUGGACAGGCAUCAAAUUGCCCCACAGUUUAAAGCAUAUUGACAUUUCCUGGACAAGUAAAUGUAAUGUGACAACGAUUGACAUUCCGCCAAAGGUGGAAGAACUUUACUGGAAUGAUGCGGGUGUGACACCAGGCAGACUUUCGAGGGUGACAUUUCCAACCUCGCUUUCUACGUUCGUCAUCACGGAAUGUAAGAUGGAAUCGUUGAAACUAUCCGACUUGCCCGCUAGUUUGGAAUGCCUUGAGAUCUCGCGUGCCCAAUUGAAGGAGUUUGUAUGGGAUGACAAAGCGAACCAUUGGCCUCCGGCAAUGGAAACUUUGAUCUUGAGCCGUAACGGAAUCGAUGAUUCUUCUCUUGAUCAACUCAGUCAAACAGCUCUACCACCAGGUUUGAGAAUUUUGAAGCUCGAUGGAAAUCAUUUUACCAACUUGUACCGUCUCAAACAUUUGCCAGAUACCCUCAAGCUGCUCGACAUAUCUAAAAACCCACUCAAAAGCUUAGAAGAUCCUACUAACGAUGAUGGCUACUUGUUCUAUCACUUUCCUCAUAGUUUGGAAACUCUUAACAUCUCAGAAUGCAUCCAUGUUGGGCCAAGCCGUGCAGACAACGCUUUAAUCUUACCCUCGGAUAGAAUACGAUUACCAACGUCACUUAUUGAGCUAGAUCUCAGUGGGAACUAUCUUUAUCGAUUUGACAAUUUUCUUUUCCCGCCAUCUUUAAGGAGGCUUUCGUUGAUCUGCUCAGGAAUACUUAAUUUGAGCAAGUAUGACUACACUGCUCAGAAUGGCCUUCCAAGCUCAGAGCUUCCGGUCGCAUGGACAGAUCUUAAGAACCUUGUUUCGCUUGAUCUUUCAGCAAAUCUCAUUGGGUCACUCGAUGGAUGGACUCCUCCGCCCAGACUUGUCCUGCUUGAUCUUGCGUCUAACAGAAUAAAGCACAUAUCAUCAAGCUCGGCGCUCUUCAACAAAAGCAAGAACAAAUCUCUCCAGCAUCUCCAGCAUCUUAAUAUUUCCAACAACAGGAUAGAUUUCAUAGACGAGGAGGCACACUUUCCUCCAAACUUGGUUUUCGUCAACUUCGAAAGAAACAACCUUCCCCAAUUUACUUUUACUGACGGCACUUUGAACAGCAAAAUGCUAUGCUCAUUAAACUUGGCAGGAAACGAUAUCCAGCAAAUUGAAGUUGCUACUACGAAAAAGGCUUCAAUAAAGGAACUUGAUUUAUCUCUCGCAGGGCGGGAGAGACCUGCUCGUCUGAUUCAUCCAGAUAGCCUUUAUGAUGUUUUUGAAAAGUUAGGUCUCCACGUCUCCCGAAGAAAAAGAAACACAAGAACAUUGCAUCAAUUCAUAUAG